AAGUUUGUGAUUAGGGUUCAGACAAAUGAAUCACGUGAUGUGAUGGAGUCCACCAAGGAAAACUCUGGAUUGCUGCACCAGAUUCUACCUCCGCGCCUUGAAGACGCUGGCCUCGAAGAUCCCGCUCUGCCACCCGAAUCCAUCCACCAAGCAUUUCUCAAGGCCGCCGCCGCCGUCAAAUCACGCGCCUCCUCCAUUUUCGCCGCCGACGCCGACGAAGACGACGCUGAUUGCAUCAACGAUCCCUGGCCCACCGCCAAGGACGCCUCCGAUGCGGUCAUCGGAAUCGAGCCGGAAAUUGAGCCGCCGGGAGCCUGCACUGUGGAGAGGGGAUGCGAGGCGGUAGCUGACGAAGUUAGGGUUGGUGGCGAUGGCGUGGAGGUAGAGGACGAGGUGGUGGUUGGGGAAGGAGUAAGAUUGGGGGAGGAUAAGGAACCGUGCGUGGAUGAAUUGCAAGGGUUGGAUAUCAAAGAAAAAGAAGAGGAUGUGAAGAAGGGCGGUGACGAAGACGAUGAGAAAGAGAAGAAACCUACGUUGGCUGAAGGCUAUGUUUGUUGAAUGUUGGGUUUCUUUUUAUUCUCUACCCAGACUUUGUUUGUACCUAGUUUCUGUAAUAGCUAUAGGGAAGUGUCUUGUAGUUUUAACA